AUGUUUGUUAACCCACAUAUUGUACUGGAGAAUGGAAUCAUGCUGGCCGUUGCUCUCUUCUGCACAGAGUGGUGUCAAUGGUGGACUGCCACCAGGUCCUCUCCACAGUUCUUCCAGUGUAAUGAUUUCAAGAUAUCUGUUUCAGAGGACGUGGUACAACAUGCACUCGUAUCUGACAAAGAGUGUCUUGGCCUUCAGAAUGACAGUGACGCCCUGCCCAUCAUAACUGUUGAUCAGGGAACUGCUUGCCCAGUCGACUCCACUCGUACUCCUCCUAUGUUCACAGGCAGUCGUUCGGCAUCAACUUCUGGGGCUCUUGCUCGUCCAGCCUGUACGGUUCAACCAGGGGAGAUGAGGCCAUCUCCAACCAGGGAACAUCUGCAACUAGAAGAAAUACAGUAUGAAAUGUACUCAGUGGUUGAUAGGAAGGUAUGAGUUAUUUGAAGGAUGGUUAUCGAAACUACCUGUUCUCAAUUCUCCCUUCUCACAUUGCCCUUCUUCAAAUGACCUUGCUCAAAAGGACCUGCUAGUUUUAUCCCGUAUCGGAACUACCUCCCUCAAAACGUCCUUCUCGUAUGACCUCAUUGCACAGAGCCAUCGCCUUAUUUCAG